ACGUCCCCCGAGCGGCACGUGCGCCGCUGCUGACACAAACUCUCGACGCGAUCGUAAACAUCACUCGCGUCGUCAACUCUCGUACGAACAGUUGUUUUACCGGUCAGCUGUGACUGACAGCGCCUGGCGCUUAUUAACCUCAGCCCAUAGGACAAAAUGCUCUGGAUUUAUGUGUCUUCUUCUAUAGUGAUUGAACAGGUGCAGCCCGCGAGCGGCAGAUAGUGUUGCGGUCAGACCGCUAGUGAACUCGGUGACUGUGUGAACGUUGUCGCGGUUGAACGCCGCUGUAGGGAGUUGUAAUAAGCAGCCGCCUAGAGCGGCCGAGCAUGACGAUGGACCAGCAGACAGGCCUUAUGUCCCUCAACAUGUCCCCCUUCGAUUUGAGCCCGGGCCCAGAAGGAUCUGGAUCUGGCGGAGGCCCCUCAGGAGCAUCCCAGCAAUACGUCCCGCAGGGUGCUGCAUACCAGUGCACGCCUGAACAGCAAUCUUUUGGCUAUGCCAAUUUGGACCCAUCAUAUCUGUUUCCAACAGGAACUGGGGGUGAGCCCGGCGGUUACUUGCCUGCAGCCGGAACCGUGUGCGACCAAACUGACACAAAGGAUGUGAUCGAGGAGUUGUGCCCAGUUUGUGGAGACAAAGUCAGCGGCUAUCACUACGGCCUGCUGACCUGCGAGUCCUGCAAAGGUUUCUUCAAGCGAACCGUGCAAAACAAAAAGGUGUACACAUGUGUCGCUGAACGAGCCUGUCACAUAGAUAAAACACAGCGGAAACGCUGCCCAUUUUGCCGUUUCCAAAAGUGCUUGGACGUCGGGAUGAAAUUGGAAGCUGUUCGAGCGGAUCGCAUGCGAGGAGGACGCAAUAAGUUUGGGCCCAUGUACAAACGAGAUCGUGCUCGCAAACUCCAGAUGAUGAGACAGCGACAAAUUGCUGUCCAGACGCUGCGUGGCUCGCUGAGCGAUGGCGGGCUUGUGCUCGGAUUCAGUUCGCCAUACGCAUCUGUGCCCGUGAAGCAGGAAAUCCAGAUCCCUCAAGUGUCUUCAUUGACAUCUUCCCCCGAGUCUUCUCCCGGCCCGGCCCUGCUGGCCGCGCAACAGCCGCAGCCGCCACCGCCUCCGUCCCACGACAAGUGGGAAGCACCCUCACCCCAUUCCGCGUCGCCGGACGCGUUCGCCUUCGAUGCGGCCACCGCCGCUGCCACCCCAUCAAGCACAGCAGAAGCCACCAGUACAGAAACACUGCGAGUUUCUCCAAUGAUUCGUGAAUUCGUUCAAACAAUCGACGACCGCGAGUGGCAGAAUUCGCUCUUCGGACUCUUGCAGAGCCAAACCUACAACCAGUGUGAAGUCGAUCUAUUCGAAUUAAUGUGCAAAGUUCUGGACCAAAAUUUGUUCUCUCAAGUGGAUUGGGCGCGGAACACCGUGUUCUUUAAGUAUCUAAAGGUUGAUGAUCAGAUGAAAUUGCUGCAGCACUCGUGGUCUGACAUGUUGGUCCUGGACCACCUGCACCAACGGAUGCACAACGGCCUGCCCGAUGAGACCACGCUACACAACGGACAGAAGUUCGAUUUACUGUGCUUAGGUCUCCUGGGCGUGCCCUCUCUCGCCGAGCACUUCAACGAGCUCCAGAACAAGCUAGCCGAACUCAAAUUUGACGUUCCGGAUUACAUAUGCGUCAAAUUCUUGCUUCUUCUCAAUCCGGACGUGAGGGGCAUAGUGAAUGUGAAAUGCGUCCGAGAUGGCUACCAAACAGUGCAAGCUGCGCUUUUGGACUACACGCUCACUUGCUAUCCAAACAUACAGGAUAAGUUCGGCAAACUCGUGAUGGUUGUCCCCGAGAUCCACGCGCUGGCCGCGCGAGGGGAGGAGCACCUGUACCAGCGGCACUGCGCGGGGCAGGCGCCGACGCAGACGCUGCUGAUGGAAAUGUUACACGCCAAACGCAAGCCUAAUGGAGGUGAAAUGGUUAACCGGAGUGCUGAGCAUACGUCGACUCUUGACAGAUUGUGCGGCUUCCUGCCAAGCGACACGAUUGAGCCGCAUUCGCCGAUCUAGAGUCUUGAGUUCCCAGUGAAGAAUAACAAAAUGAAGACCGAAGAUGCGCCAAGCGCUCCUGAUACCACAUCAGAUAGUAUAUUUUACAAAAAUACUACUUAUUAAUUAGCUUUAGUUGUUAACUUGGUGUGUGAUUAAAUUUAUUAAGUUAUUGCGCCGAGCGCCGACCGGCGGUGCCGCGCGUGCCUAGUCCGAAUACAGAUAAAACAAAUAUUUAUCUACCUAAUAUCUGUAACAUAAAUAUACAAAAACAUUAUACACCAGUUCGUGUAGCUAC